CGGUCUGUUCGUUCAGACUGUUUCGAUGAGCGAUCGGAAACGGUUCACAAUUUUUCUUUUUUCGUGAUUGGGUGAUUGUUAUCGAACAAUAUUUGGAACAAAUUUUGAAUAUCGUCACGAUAAUUAAACGUUUUGAGUGUUCUAACUGUUGCACGCGAGUCUGUGAUAUAUUUGCUCUGUGUCAAUAUUGAAUAAAUAAAUUUAACCAUGUUAACGGGUUGGCGGAAGACAUUGUCGAAAUUUUUCAUAAUCCCACAUCGACUGAUUGUGUCGACAAUGGGAUUUCUGGCUAUUAUGUUGGCCUACACCAUUCGCACGUCAUUGUCGUUGUCAAUAACGAAAAUGGUUAAAAGUCAUGGCCACAGUGCUUCAGCUGAGGAAUGUCUUGUCGAAGAUAAUGGUACGCCUGGUGACAGUAAACCUGGCGGGGACUUUGAUUGGUCGGAAGAACUACAGGGUGUAAUUUUAGCCUCUUUUUACAUUGGUUACGUUAUCACUCACGUUCCCGGUGGAGUAGUAGCAUCGAGGUAUGGCGGAAAAAUUACACUUCUCGUCGGUAUGACUGUAGCGGCAUUCUUCACCCUCAUUACACCCGUCUGUGUUGAAAGUGGCGGUGCUGCAGCUUUGAUCACCCUGCGAAUAAUUAUAGGCCUUGGCGAAGGAUUAAUUUUUCCAUCAUGCAAUGCACUGUUAGCAGCUUGGGUUCCAUUGGCUGAACGAAGUAAAAUGGGUACUCUAACAUACUCUGGAGCUCAGAUCGGUUCCAUAUUUGGGUCACUAGUAUCUGGUGCUCUCCUCAGCGCGUACGAUGGAUGGGCAUCGGUGUUCUACUUUUUCGGUGGAAUUUCAUUCAUUUGGAUUGUAAUCUUUGCACUAAUAUGCUACAAAGACCCAGAUUCUCAUCCGUUCGUCAGCGAUAAAGAGAAGGAACAUUUGGAGAGAGAAAUGGGACAAAUAGAACGAGAUAAGAACCGAGCCGUACCAUGGAGACAUAUACUCAGCAGUCCUGCUGUUAUUGCUUUGAUUUUUGCACAGCUGGGACACAAUUGGGGAUUCUUCAUUAUGGUAACCGAUCUUCCGAAGUAUAUGAACGACGUUCUUAAAUUCUCGAUCAAAGAAAAUGGAUUCUACAAUGCGCUUCCUUACCUUGCUAUGUGGAUCGUUGCUCAAUUGACCGGGUUUUUGAGUGAUUUCAUAAUUGCAAAAAGAUACAUGUCGAUAACGAACGUCAGAAAAUUCUUCACGAUCUUGGCUGCUGUUGGACCUGGUUGCUUUAUAAUUGGUGCCUCUUAUGCGGGCUGCAACAAAUUUGUGGUUGUGGCUCUAUUCACCAUUGGCAUGGGCUUCAUGGGAACUUUCUACUCGGGUUUGAAAGUCAAUAAUUUGGAUCUCGCACCAAACUUUGCUGGUGUCAUAAUGGCGAUAACUAAUGGAGUCGGAGGUAUCAAUGGAAUUUUGGCACCGUACAUUGUCGGAGUCCUAACACCGAAUUCUUUGAUGAAUGAAUGGCGCAUUGUAUUCUGGACAGCUUUCGUAAUAUUUGCGCUAACAUCAGUUAUCUAUGGUAUAUGGGCAUCGGGUGAGUUGCAACCGUGGAAUAAUCUGGAAAAAGAGACACUCGCGGAGGGUGGCGACGUUAGUAACAAAAGUGUGGAAAAUGUGAAAGAAAAGUUGGAAGAGCUCGACAAGGGCGAAGAAAUUACGCAUGAAGAGAAAAGUGAUUUCAGUUCGAAUGACUCAAAGUUGAAGGAAUAAAUUUUAAGUUUAGUUUUAAAGUGCCAAAAAUG